GAAAAGUGUACAAUCAUGCCUCCAAGAGAAAAUUCAUCUGGGAAGAGUGACGACGAAAAGCUUCUUAUUGCCAUUCUCAGUCUUUGGGAUCCUUUGCCGCCUGUCGACUACCAUAAAUUAGGCGCACUUCUAGGAAUCAAGCCCGGAACUGCUCGAGUACGCUGGCAUCGAUUCAAAGCAAAGCUUUUCAAAGACAGUAGGAACAAGACAGCCGAAGAUGAUGUGAAGGUUGAACAGACAACAGCGGCACUUGAUAAUCCGGCGAGAGAGAAAGAAGCAAGUGAGGAUGCGGGUAUAGAACAGGUAGCCGAGGAAAUCGAUGUCAAAAAGAGGGGCAGAACCGGAGUAAGAAAACGUGCAGCCACUGUGGGGGAACCAAAUGUGCCACCUGCCCAGCGCAGAAGAAUCAAUAGGUCGAUUGGCAUGUCUUCGAACGCAUCUACUUCAAAACCGAGACCGGGCAAAGAAAGGAAGACAAACAAAUACAACGGACAGUUGGAAGUGCCUGGCGGAAUUAAGCAAGAAGAUGGUCAAUUUGAGGAUAACAUUCAGUGGUCAGAAAGUGAAGCAGUUCCGUGUCCAAACAAGAAUCCAGUACUCUUCACAAUGACCACCGAAUCCGUCAAAGAUCAAAGACUCAUCGCAGCCGUACACAAACGAAUAAACCUUAGCGAGAUAAGUUCAGAUUACGAGCAACUAGCAGAGGACCUUGGAAUCAAAGCUAUGCAUCCGGCAAAAGCUGCGAGCAAACGUUGGAUACGAUACAAGCAAAACAAUGGUCUUGUUCCAGGAAUAUCGGCCAAGAAAUAGGUCGGUGAUGAAAUGGAGAACGGCAUAAAGGUUACACCAAACGCGGGAAGCGGCAAGCAGACAGGGAAGGUGGCAGAAAAUACAAAUGGAGAGAAGAAGCCUGCAUCAAACAAAAGAAAGAUCGUCAAGGAUGGAGUUUAGCAUGAUGAAUCCGAUCAGAGCUGAGGAAAAUGAUACAUCAGACAGUUGGUCAGUAUUGGUCAAUAUUGGGGAGGUUGAUCGGGAGACCAGUGUCCAAGCGGCUGUUUGUUGAUUCCAGCUGAUGGCGAUAUCUGCCUUGACAGUUUGAAGUAGAUAAAUGCUUUAGUUCA